ACAACUGUAUGUAACAUGAUAAAUACUCAACUUCACGAUCAACGCGUUGUCCUCAUUACCCAAGACUCGUUUUAUCACUCAUUGAGCGACAAGAUGUUGCAGAAAGUUAAUGAGUAUAAUUUUGAUCAUCCUGAUGCCUUUGAUACAAAGCUUUUGCUUUCAACAUUGGAGAAAUUAAAAUGUGGACAACCUGUUACUAUACCAAAUUAUGAUUUCAAUUCCCAUAAGAGAAUUGAAGCUGGACGUCAGGUUCAACCUGCAAAUAUAAUAGUUUUAGAAGGGAUAUUAGUUCUUCAUGAUUCUGGUGUUCGUAAUCUUUUGAACAUGAAGAUCUUUGUUGAUGAAGAUUCUGAUGUGCGCCUUACACGAAGGAUGCAACGCCUUGCUAUUGAGCGUGGGAGGAAUAUUGAGAAUGUUUUGGAUCAAUAUUCCAGAUUUGUAAAGCCAAGUUUUGAAGAUUUUGUAUUGCCAACUAAAAAGUAUGCUGAUAUUAUCAUCCCGAGUGGAGGAGAUAAUGAUGUUGCCAUUGACUUAAUAGUACAAAACAUACGCAUGAAGCUUGGCCAACAUGAUUUGUGUAAAAUAUAUCCCAAUAUUUUUGUUAUAUGUUCAACAUUUCAGAUAAAGGGAAUGCACACUCUUAUCCGAGAUGUUAAGACAACAAAGCAUGACUUUGUCUUCUAUUCAGAUCGUCUUAUUAGACUGGUUGUCGAGCACGGAUUGGGUCAUCUUCCUUUUUCUGAAAAACAGGUGAUAACACCAACAGGAUCUGUAUACUCUGGUGUAAUUUUCUGUAGUAGGUUGUGCGGAGUAUCAGUCAUUAGAAGUGGAGAAAGCAUGGAAAAUGCAUUAAGAGCGUGUUGUAAGGGAAUCAAAAUUGGUAAAAUCCUUAUUCAUGGGCAUGGCACAAAUGGUCGACAGUUAAUCUAUGAGAAGCUACCAAAAGAUAUUGCAAGUCGUCAUGUGUUGCUACUCGAUCCAGUUUUGGCCACAGGAAACUCUGCAGUCAAAGCUAUCUCUCUGCUUCUCAACAAAGGUGUAUCAGAAUCUAACAUUAUAUUUCUAAAUUUAGUAGCAUCACCACAAGGAAUAAAUGCAGUUUGUGAGAGAUUUCCAAUGAUUAAACUUGUGACAUCAGAGAUUGAUGCAUCACUGAAUGAGAAAUCUCAUGUGAUCCCUGGCCUAGGGCAGUUUGGUGAUCGUUACUUUGCGACUGAUGAUUAGCACAAUAAGCAAAUCCAUACAUAGCUGAGUGACAUCUUUGCCAACCUUGCUUCUAUAGCUUCCAACAAACAAGCAACUUCUAUUUCAUGAUAAAGCUAUCACAUG